AUGUCUAUUCCUACUGGUUUUGCUUUACCACUCCCGACACAAAGCCAACGUUGGUAUAGCUUUUAUCGCUCUGAAAUUAAAGGAGCAGGAAACAGAUAUACUGCAAAAUGUAAAUACUGCUUGUGUGAAUUAAGUGGUAAAUCUGAAAGGCUUCAUCGACAUGUUCUUCGGUGCAGUGAUUAUCCUGUCGCUGAAAAAACUAUUUAUCUUCAAAAAAUAACCGAAGAAAGCCUUCCAUCUCGAAAACGCAUCUAUGAUAAUGAGGAUAGUAUUUCUAUUGAGCAAACUGAUCAUA